AUGUCUGAAAACAAAGACAUAACGAGUCGCCACCUGCGUCAUAAGCUGCAAAGCCUGGGGCGACGGCUGGACGAGCUUGAGGAGGCCACCAACAAGCUCCAGAAGUCUGAAGAUGAGCUGCUGGAUCUGCAGGACAAGAUCAUCCAGGCAGAGGGCAGCAACUCCUCCAUGCUGGGCGAUGUAGAGGCGCUGCGCAAGCGCCUGCUGAGGAUUGAAGGCAAAGACGAGGAAGUGUGCAAGGCGGAAGAUCUCUGCCGCACAGUGAGGGAGAAACUGGAGGAGGAGGAGAGCUUGACCAAGGACCUAAAGUCUGAGAUUGAGUGCCUACAGAGGAGGAUGGCUGAGCUGGAGAAGUUGGAAGAGGCCUUCGGCAAGAGCAAGUCAGACUGCAGCCAGCUGUGCCUCAAUCUCAACGAAGAGAAGAAUCUGACCCGGAAGCUCUCCUCUGAGCUAGAGGCCCUCAAGGCCCGUGUGAUCGAAAUGGAUGCAUCAGAGGUAAGGCUGGACCGGGCUGAGAAGUUCCUGGCAGGGGAGCUGGAGCAGCUCAAGGGUGUCAGUCAGACUUUUGUGAGUGAGAGGAAGAGGCUCCUGGAGAAGCAAAGGGAGGAUGAGAAGCUUAUACUAAAACUGACAGAAAAGCUGGAUUGUCAGAAGAACAGGUUCGGCCGAGCAGAUCCCAGCCGCUCAGACUUGAGGAACCUCCGCAUUGAAGACGACCUCUCAUCUGGCCUGACUAGCAAGCUGGGGCUCAAGAAGAGCCUGGACUACAUGAAACUGGGCGAUGACGUUGGGCUAAGGAAGAAGUCUGAGAACGAGAAGAACAGCCUUGAUGGCCAGGAAGACAACAAAGUCAAGGAACUCACCCAGGAAGUUGAGAGGCUGAAGAACCGGCUGAAGCAACUGGAACUGGUGGAGGAGGAUCUCAAGAACACUGAGUCCAAGAACGGAGAGCUGCAGGAGAAGUUCCAACAGGAGAGGUCCCGCAGCCGUGCCCUCAACGAUCAGGUGGAGCAGCUUAGAAUGCAGCUGUGCAGUGGCAGCAGUCACGGCAAUGGAGGGCCUAGCAGUCCAGCAACGGUCCUUGAGAAUGGCAAGGCAGAGAAUGAGGAGAUUAAUGUCCGGGGUGGGUUCAGGCAGGACAAGCCUAAGUACAGGAGUGCUGCAGCUGCAGAGCCAGCCACCCCCAAGUACAAGAGCAGAGAGCUAUCCCCACAGCACAAGAGGGAGACCAAGCUGAGGAGCAAAGAGCUGAGCAACUCUGAGGAAAGUUCUCCAAAGUCUGUCAGGAGGGCACUCAGUCCUGCACACAAGAGCAGGAGGACACCGAAGACUGGAGCCUCAACUGCCUCUGACAAUGGAGUAAAAGAAAUAAGGAGAGGGCUGGAGGACAAAAUAACAAUGGGAGGAGCCCAUAUUCCAGUUAGCACAUCUUUGAGUGACAGCAAGAAGGUCUCGGUUCUUAAUCGCUACCCUCCAGCAGUUAAUGACCAGAAGCCAUGGAAGACAGCUCAGAAACAAAGUGAAAGUGAAGGCAAAAAGAGCAGAGUGGAUAAGUUUUCUAGAUUGUAUUUUGGUAGUGACAGUGAGUCGAAUAAUUCUGAUGUGGUGCUUGAAAGCUUAAGCAACAGCAACACAGUCUCCCCUCCUGAAAAGGAUGCAUCUGCGUCUGACCCGGAGUCUUUGGACCUGGUUCAAGAGGCUCCUCCAGUGUCAAACCUCUCACAGGCCAAUGGGUCGUACACUGCCUACAAGUCCCAUGUGUCCCCGCUGGUCACUGAUCAUGGCUCUGAGGGUCACUCCUCAGCCUCUGAGACUGAAUCCACUGGGUCCAGGCCCUCAGAACCAGAGCCUGUGUCUGAGGUGGCAGCACUGAGUAGCAGAACCUCCACCACUCCCAAGUACUCUAGAUACUCUCGCCUACAAGACUCCCAGUCAGAGGGUUCCUCCACCAGGAGCUCGAUUGACGAGGAGCAGCACAGGCAGUUGGUGGCAGAAGGAGGAUCCCUGGAGCCCACUCACACCCCAUCAGGGAUAGCGAUCCACAGGGUCUGCAGCCCAAGGGAGGCCCUGAGGUCAAAGGCAGUCAUCAAGCCGGCCAUUGUGGAGAUCGAUAGGAAGGAAGUUAUGAUAUCUGGAGGCGGGGCAGAGCGCUUGACCUCCAAUGGCAAGCCCAAAAUCUCCUCGAAACCCGUCCUGACCACCAGCAAGAUGACCAGCAGCAUCACUAUCUACCCCAACGAUCCCAGCUCUUCCAGGACCAGCAGCCGCAGCAGCAGUGUAUCCAGCGAGCCACCAGUCAAGGAACGCCACACGUCCACUAGCAACAUUGUCAUCGGGCCCAGUGAGCACAGGGGGAGCAUCUCCAUCCCCUAUGAGAUCUCCAUUCCCAAGAGUGAGAUCACCCUCCGGCCAUCCAUGGAUGGCCCUGACGAAACAGAUCAACCAGGGGUGCUAGGGAUGGCCCGUGCGGAGACGCACCUACUCUCCCGAAGCAGCUUCAGCCUCCAGUCACCGGAGACCACCUCAGACUUCAACAACGACACCGAGUCGGGUUUCGAGAGCAGCAGUAGCAGCACUACCACCGUCACCAGCUGGAGGAGCCACCACCACGGCCACCACACCUCCCAGGACGACAGCCUCCCAGAGAUGAGAAACCUGACGGUGCGGAGCACUUGGCAGAACAGGGGGGCGGCGUCCGUGGACGAGCCUGGCCAGGGGGCCAGGAUGGACGGGGUGGCCUCUGAGGACGAGGCAGAGUCUGCCACCACAUGGAGGGCUUACCGCGCCACCACUGUCCUGGACAAGGAGGAGACGGUUAAUGCCACAGGGGCCUCUAUAUCAUGGGCAGCCAAGCCGUCACCAGCAGAGCUGUAUAUGCGCAGGAUUAAGAACAGUGUGGUGACCACCAGGGACAUUGCCGAGCCAGUGCGCCGGAGCAAGAGCUCCCUGUCGCCCACUGAGGGAGGUCUGCGGAGGAGUAUCCCCCACGAGCCUGUCAGUUCUCAGGAGCUCACACCCUGGCAGACUCGGCCCAUGGUGAGUACAACUUCUGUACAAACUGUCUUUCAGACAAGUAUUAGCAGACCUUGUGGAGGCCCCACAAUUUAG